CUCGGCCGCUGAGCGGCGCUGCGUCCCCGCACGGCACGCGCCACCUUCGUUGUUUGUGUCGCAAGAAGAGAUUCCUUUGGAAGGUGCGCGCGGCGGCCGGGCGGCGGCGCUGUGGACUCGCGCUCUCGACGCGCGCGCGCGCGCGCUCCCGUCCGCCCGUUGUUUUCUGAAUCUGAGCGCUCGCCGAGGCUCCGCGGUGUCGGCGGUGCGAGUCGGUCGAGUCCUGGCUGCUGCGGUGGGCUGCUGACGGCGCCCCGAGCGAGCCCGUCCUCCCGCGCGCUCAUCAUCAUCAUCAUCCCCCCCCCCCCUCCUCCUCCUCCUCCUCCUCUUCCUCCUCCUUCUUCUUCUGUGUGUGUGUCUCGCGACCCCUCGCGCUGUGUUUUUCCGAGCGGACUCAUCCUUCAUGUCAGCGGUGAAAGAUGCAGCCGCCGCCGAGAAAGGUAAAGGUGACACAGGAGCUGAAGAACAUACACGUGGAGCAGAUGACGCGUCUCCACCUGAAGCACCAGACGGAGUGUGAGCUGCUGGAGGACAUGAGGACAUACAGUCAGAAGAAGGCAGCCAUCGAGAGGGACUACGCUCAGGCCCUGCAGAAGUUGGCCACCCAGUACCUGAAGAGAGAGUGGCCGGGCGUCAAGGCCGAGGAGCGCGCCGACUACCGGAACGUGUUCGCCGUGUGGAAGGCCUACCUGGAGGGCACGGUGCAGACGACGCAGUCGCGUAUGAACGUGUGCGACGCCUACAGGGGCGACAUCGCGGAGCCCGCCAAGGCCGUGCGCCUCUGCAAGGAGCAGCAGCUGAAGAAGUGCGUGGACCAUCUGAGCCGCGUCCAGGCCGAGCUGCAGGACACCGUGAAGGACCUGGCCAAGUCCAAGAAGAAGUACUUUGAGAUGGAGCAAAUGGCGCAGGCCGUGAGGGAGAAAGCUGACAUCGAGGCCAGGUCCAAGCUCAGUCUCUUCCAGUCCAGGAUCAGUCUGCAGAAAGCCAGCGUGAAGUUAAAAGCCAAGCGGAAUGACUGCAACUCGAAAGCGACUCACGCGCGGAACGACUACCUGCUCACGCUGGCGGCGGCGAACGCUCACCUGGACCGCUACUACCACGUGGACCUGGCCAGCUGCAUCAAGGCGCUGGACGGCAGCGUCUACGAGCACGUGAAAGACUACCUGAUGUCCUUCUGCCGGACGGAGCUUGAGGCUGUCCAGGCGGUCCAGACCACCUUUCAGUUCCUGCUGGAGAAGAGCAGUCGGGUGAUGCAGGACUUCAACCAGCAGCUGUUCCUGCAGGAGAAUCCCAUCUUCCACAAAAGUCAGGCAUUCCAGUUCCAGCCCAUUGACAGUGACUCGAGUUUUAGUACGGUCCAGCAGCUGGUGGACAUUGAGCCGUCGCCAGUCAGUGCGAUGAGAAUGACCCUGGCCCAGAGCCGACAGCUGGAGUCCGAGACGGGCACCACGGAGGAGCACAGCCUGAACAAGGAGGCCCGGAAGUGGGCGACCCGCGUGGCCCGAGAGCACAAGAACAUCAUCCACAACCAGAGGACGCUGGAGGACUGCGAGACGCAGGGGGUGCCGUCCUCGGAGCAGGGCCGCUGCGAGCUGGAGAUGAAGGUGGACGAGGCCAGGGAGAACAUCCGCAAAGCAGAGACGGUGAAGCUGAAGGCGGAGGCGCGGCUGGACCUGCUGCGCCAGGUGGGCGUGUCCGUGGACACCUGGCUAAAGAGCGCCAUGAACCAGGUGAUGGAAGAGCUGGAGAACGAGCGCUGGGCCACUCUGCCCACCCUCACUACCCACGAUCCCUCACUCUCGACCACCGGCGACCUGGACCGCGAUGAGGGGGAGGAGCUUGAGGACAACUUGGAGGUGUUUGACGACUCGAGCUCCAGCCCGUCCGGCACACUGCGCAACUACCCGCUCACCUGCAAGGUGCUCUACUCGUACAAGGCCUCCCAGCCGGACGAACUGACCAUCGAGGAGCAGGAGGUGCUGGAGGUGAUCGAGGACGGGGAUAUGGAGGACUGGGUCAAGGCCAGGAACAAGGCGGGCCACGUGGGCUACGUACCGGAGAAGUACCUGCAGUUCCCAGCAUCGAGUAGCCUGCUGAGCAUGCUGCAGUCUCUGGCCGCCCUAGACACGCGCUCCCACACGUCCAGCAACUCCACGGAGCCCGAACUGGCCUCCGGCAGCACCAACGGGGACGCCAGCAUGACCUUCGUCAAGGCCAUGUACGACUACGAGGGCCAGACGGACGAGGAGCUCUCGUUCCCCGAAGGCGCCAUCAUCCGCAUCCUGCACAAGGACGGCCAGGAGGACGACGGCUUCUGGGAGGGCGAGUUCAACGGCCGCGUGGGGGUCUUCCCUUCCGUGCUCGUCGAGGACCUGGGGGGUUCGGAGAACGGCGAUGCGAGCUGCACUGCAGAAGCGCAGGUGUCCCCGACGCAGCGGCUCCCCUCCUGUGUGCCCCCGCUGCCCCUGUACGAACAGCCCCCCUGCAGCCCGUACCCGAGUCCCGACGGCGCCACGAGGCCACCCCUCCCCCGCUCGCCCUCCCUCAAUGGGGAGCACAAAGGCCUCGCCCACAAUCACGGCAGCGGCCAGAAUGUGGAGUCUCCGGGCUUCUCCCAGCCGCCCCGUUUCCCCGGCGACGGCCCUGGCAAGCUGCGGCCUGUGCGCGCCGCUCCCCCUCCCCCGCAGCAGCACCCCCGCAGGCAGGUGGACAAGGCGGAGGAGGUGGAGAUCACCCUGGUGUAAGAGCGCUGCCUUGGGGGUCACUGACUGAACUGGACCUGGCUCCUGGCUCCUGGCCCCACGCGGCGUGCCGGACAGUGUGUGUGUGGGGUGGGGGGGUGCCCCAUGGAAGCGGAGCACCCUGCCCUCACCCUGGGCCAAACUGCAGCGAGGGAGGGAGGUGCCCCGGCUCUUCUCGGACCGAGUCGCGGACCCGUUUGCGGCGGGGGCCGCCUGGAUCCUCGGCGCCGUGCCGCGGGGCGGGGGGAGGGGGUGUCUCGGGAUCCACCCCGGGGCCCAUCAUACGUAGUCAUAUCAUGCGUGUUUAAUGUGCAUUAGUACAGUACAUUACUGUUACCAUAGGAAUGUUCAUACCCGCAGCGUUGCUCACACGGCGUUACCGCGUUCACCAUGGGGGGGCUGGUCCCCCUCACACACUGCCCUUCCCGGACCCCCCGCCAGGAUCUAGCGGCUCUUUUAUCUCAUAGAUAAGGGGAAAGUGGCAAUUUGAAACGAUGCUCAUUACAAUAUAACACUUUUCAGCUUUUAUUAUGAAGACGUGGGUCUGUAUUACUAAUAUUUAGUCGUCCCGAGGCGUGCGUGCGUGCGUGUGUCCGUCCGUCCGUGCCCCUGCUUUCACUCCUCCCUCACCGUGUCAUUAGCCGACCUCAUGCUUUCAUGUCUCUUUUAUAUAGUCAUCAGUUCAAGUGCAUUAAUUUCCAUGAAAAUGAGGGGUUGGGGGUAGGAGUGGGGGGCAGAACCUGAGCUGAAACCCUAAACCCCCCCCAGCAGAGCCUCUGUUGGACUCCCAACAGAGUGGUUGGGGGGGGGGCGCUCAACUUCACGGAGGAGCCUUAAAACACUUUCUCCUGUGCUACGCAGCCGUACCAUGGUAUGGAACCGCUUUACCACAUUAUGGUGGAGUAGUGUGUGGCUGGAGGCAACCUGGACAUGUGGGUGGGUGGGUGUGUGUGUGGGUGUGGAUGUGGGUGUGUGCGGAGGGCUGGACUGUGCAGGAGAAACUCCUCAAAUGCACACUGGAGCUGCUUGGUCAUCUGAAGCGCAGGAUGCAGGAACACCGUCUGUUUGGACUAAUUCAUAAGCAUCUGUUCAGCUCUUGUGUGUGUGUGUGUGUGUGUGUGUGUGUGUGUGUGUUGCUCAGGUGUCCUCGCAUCUGUGUUGAAGGGUAAUGGUUUACAUUUUUCCUACAGAAACCACACACUCUGACCAGUUACAGCUUCUCUUGCCCUUGGGAACACACAACCCCCCCCCCCCCACACACACACACACACACACACACACACACACACAGUGGAACAAUAUUAGAGUGACAACAUUAGAGAGCAGUGGUGCAAAGUCGUUUCUGCAUUUUAUUGGCUGUAAAAAGUUUGUAUUUAUUGUGUACAAAUGUUAA